AAUGGCUGCUGAAGGUAUCAUAAGUGAAAAACUUGAAGAAAGCAAAGUUUUCAGAAGGAACGCAUACAUAAUUAUUGAUGAAAUGCUGGAAAUGAGCAAGCAAAAGACUCAAGAAGAUACUACAGUGUUAGUGGAUGAGAUUCUUCACAGCAUCUUCUUCUUGGGAAAGAUCAACAAGCCACCUAUUUCCCCAGAAAGGAUUUUGGGUGAUAGAACAGAUGAAGUGAGAGCGCUUUACCCCGAGCCUUUUAAGCGCUGUUCCUCUCAGCUACCCAGGCGGAGUCCAUUUUCAUGUGUGCUCGACAUGUUUGUUCAUCUGAUUGGACACAAGAAGGAAGAGGACAUAAAACGUGCACUGCAAGUGCUCAUCAGUUACCUGAGGAAAGAUACCAAAUCAAAGUGUUUAUUCUCCUUCACCAUCUGCAUCUCUCAGGCCACCGAGAAUUCAGUCAGGUACUACGGAGUCUCCAUGUCCACGUCUGGUCGUGAUGCUGGGAGAAUCAUGGUUGCUGCCUCCUGCUGUAGUGCCUGGGAUGAAUAUGUAGCUGGUGCAGUGAUGACAUAUUUUCCAAACAAACACAAAAACAUUGAUGGAACCAUCAGACUACCUGAGAAUGUGAGGUGUGAAGCAUUUAGCCUCAGUGAUCCAAAAGCAAUGCCUCCUUGCAGGUCAUGUGUCACAUUGUUUUCUUUGCCCAUGAACAACACUGAUACUGGGAAAUAUCCCUACGGCAACUGUGCUGAAGUUGAAAGUCUGAGCAACUUGUUCAAAAGUAACAGACGAGUCAAACAGCGAGCACGGCCAGCAUCAGAGUCGUGGACGGAGAUGAAUAAGGAUAAGAGAAAAAGAGUUGUUUUGAAAGAGCUUAAGAGAUUGCUGGACACUGUGGACUUUAAAUGGGAUGAAAACUUCUACGAGCCAAAAAGUGCAAGGAAAACUAACUAGUCACAGUCAUCAUUCUGCUCCUUUGGUUCCUUUUUUAAAAAACAAAAAAACAAAAA